AUUUUAUCGGAUGACUUAUUAAUAAAAUUAAAUUGUUAAUUCGUUUUACACUAUAUUUCUUUUACCUUUCAAUUGUGACAUUCAUUCGUGAGUUUUAUUAAAAUGAUUUUUUUUAUUUCCCCCAUAGUACUUUUCUUUUGAAAUAAUGAUUACAUAGGUUAAGUUAUUAAAAAAAAUUCUUUCGUUGUCAUCGAUCGGUGUCCUACUUAUGGAAUGAACCCUCAAUGAAUUGAAUCAGUUGGAGUUAUGGUACUCUCGAUGGGAAAGGAGUCCUUUCUAUUAACCUUGUGAUGUAAGAUAACAAUUAUCUGAAGUAGCGGAGAGAAAGGGUAGUGACAUCAGUCUUAGUUUAACUAGUUACAAUGGAUGUCAGAGUGUUGUCUAUACAAAGUCAUGUGGUGAGGGGUUAUGUUGGAAAUAAAAGUGCCACAUUCCCUUUACAGGUGCUCGGUUUUGAUGUUGAUGCAAUAAAUUCUGUUCAUUUUUCAAACCACACUGGCUACCAACAUAUUAGAGGACAAGUAUUAAAUGAAGAAGACCUAGGAACUGUUAUUGAUGGCCUUUUUUCAAAUGGUUUGAAUUAUUAUUCUCAUCUCCUUACUGGUUAUGUGGGUUCACCUUCAUUUUUGCAAAAAAUUGCAUCAGUCGUCGAAGAUUUGAAAAAGAGUAAUCCUAAUAUGAUUUAUGUUUGUGAUCCAGUAAUGGGUGAUAAUGGAAAAAUGUAUGUACCUGAAUCUCUUCUCCCUAUAUAUAGGGAUACCAUCAUUCCACUUGCUGAUAUCAUUACACCGAACCAAUAUGAAUUGGAACUUUUGACAGGCAAGCAGAUAAAAAAUGUAGAUGAUGCAUGGGCAGCAAUUGACAGCUUCCAUGAAAAGGGCUGCAAACAUGUAGUGGUAUCUUCCUCUGAGCUGGGCGAUGAAAAAAAUUUAGUUGCUUUUGCUAGCAGUAUUAAAGGUGGAAAGAAGACAAAAGUCACUGUUAACAUACCAAAAUUAAAUUCCAACUUUACUGGAACUGGCGAUCUCUUUGCAGCUUUAUUAUUGGCAUGGAUGCAUAAGACUGAUAAUGAUUUAAUCCAAUCAUUAGAAAAUACUAUCGGCACCUUACAAGCUGUUUUAAAGAAAACACUUUCACAUGCUUUGGAACUAUCCAAAGGCUCGCCCCCCACUCCUGAACAAUUAGAGCUGAGAUUAAUUCAGAGCAAGAAUGAUAUUGAGAAUCCGGAGCCAAAUGUCCAAUGUCGAAUAGUUGCCUGAAUUCUACCAGUACCUGAAUAUAAUUGUUAUUGUUAUACUAAGCUAAGAGAAAUCAAUAUACUAACUAUACCAUAAUCUAGUUAAAAUGCAAUUAACAUAUAAAUGCUUAGAAUUGUGAGAUUAUAUUGCUAUAGUUAGAAGCAUGUUGAAGUUAAUCACCAUUCUUAG